AUGAAGUUCCUCGUGGUUACAGGGGGAACUAUGAGCGGAUUAGGCAAGGGUACUACAAUAAGCAGCAUUGGUGUCGUACUGCGGGCUCACGGAGUGCGUAUUUCUGCGAUUAAAAUUGACCCAUACCUCAACGUGGACGCCGGGACCAUGAGCCCGUAUGAGCAUGGGGAGUGCUACGUCUUAGACGAUGGAGCAGAAGUUGACUUAGACUUGGGCAACUAUGAGCGGUUCUUGGGUGUGUCUCUCUGUGGGGAGCACAAUGUAACGAGCGGCAAGGUGUACCAGCAAGUUAUUGGGGGAGAGAGGGAAGGCGUCUACUUGGGGAAGACUGUGCAGAUGGUGCCACACGUGACAGACGCGGUGCAGCGUUGGAUUCUCAAGGUGGCCUCCCGACCCGUGGAUGACAGCAGGAUGCCCCCAGACGUUUGCCUCAUAGAAGUGGGGGGAACUGUUGGAGACAUUGAGAGCGCAGUGUACCUGGAGGCCAUCCAGCAGCUAAGCCGCAAAGUUGGGUUGCAGAACUUUUGUUUGGCGCACGUCUCUUAUGUUCCUUUCAUCGGGGAGCAGAAGACCAAGCCGACGCAGCAUGGAGUCAAGGAGUUACGCGGCGCAGGGCUUGCCCCCGACUUUCUUUUCUGCCGGAGUGAACAGCCCCUGACGGAGGCCGCAAAACAAAAGAUCUCGCUUUUUGCGCAAGUGCAGCCAGAGCACGUUUUCUCGGUGCACAACUGCGAGAACAUCUACAAAGUGCCACUCCUCCUGGAAGAUCAGGAGCUCUCUACACGACUCAUCCAGCGCUUGGGCCUCGACUCCAAGGAGCUGCAAAGCCGUUCGUCUUCAGCUGUUUCCCUUGGCGGGUGGAGGAUGAUGGCCGAACGUCUGCUUAUGGCCUCCCCAGGUUCCCCCAAGUCGGUGUGCAUUGGCAUUGUGGGCAAGUACACGGGGCUGACGGAUUCUUAUUUGUCCGUACUGAAAGCCCUAGAGCACGCGGCCAUGGAGGCGGGUUUGGGUUUAGCACUUAAAUGGAUAGAAAGUAGCAGUCUGGAGGACGAGAAGGGGGAGGGCUACGCCGAUGCCUGGAAGGCGCUUAAGAGUGUAGACGGAGUGGUCUGCCCCGGAGGAUUCGGAGAUCGAGGAAUCUGGGGCAAGGCACUCAGCGCGCAGCAUUGCAGAGAAACUGCCAAGCCGUACCUUGGCAUUUGCCUUGGCAUGCAAACGGCGGUCAUUGAGAUAGCGCGCUCACUCUUGGGGCUGCGCGAGGCGGACUCAGAGGAGUUUAACCCGAACACCCCUCACCCCGUCGUCGUCUCCAUGCCAGAGCACACAACGGGUAACAAGGGGAGCAGCAUGAGGCUGGGCAAGCGGGCCACCAUCAUCAGGGACAAACACUCGCUCACUGCCAGGUUGUAUGGUGGAGAGCCAGUUGUAGAUGAGCGGCACCGACACAGGUAUGAGGUAAACCCACAGUAUGUGCAGCAGAUUGAGGCCAAGGGCCUUAAAUUUGUGGGGCAAGACGAGAGGGGGCAGCGCAUGGAGAUUGCCGAGCUCCAGGAUCAUCCCUUCUUCAUAUGUACACAGUUCCACCCGGAAUUCACCUCUCGCCCUCUUAGACCGUCACCUGUAUUCCUGGGCCUCAUUCUAGCCGCUGCGGGAACACUACAGGAUCGCCUCAAGCAGAACGGGGGAUUCCUCAGGCCAGGGAGUGCCUAUGCCGAGCAUAUGCACAGCUAA